CCCCGGCAGUGCGAGGAAGGCGCAGGAGUCAAUAACUCACAGUGCGAAACAUAUUGAUAUGAAUAACACGCUAUGGCUCAGUAACACUUGCUAAGUGAUAAAAGACCGGUUUCUUUUCCUGUUUAAGAAGCGCCUGACUAUCCGACACUCCGCUGUCUAUGGUAGUAAUCACUUCCGGUUCGCAUAGGCAGCACGUGGGUGACACCUGUUGACAGCAAUGGACGGGCUGCCUGAGGAUGUGCGUCUUUUCCUGCAGCAGCACCCGAGUCUGCAGCUCAGCGCCGGCAAUAAGGUGCGCUGUAUUCUGACUGGACAUGAGCUGGCCUGCAGACUCCCUGAACUGCAAAGCUUCACCGGAGGGAAGAAGUACCAGAAUUUAACCCGUUCCUCCAGCUCUUUCGACUUCACCAGUUUUGAGCCACACGUUGUGCCAAGUACUAAAAAUCCGAAGCAGCUGUUCUGCAAGCUGACUCUUCGUCACAUCAACAAGAUCCCAGAGCAUAUCCAGCGCCACGUGCAGGGCAAACGUUAUACUAGAGCUUUGCAGAGAUAUGAGGAGUGCAAGCAGAAUGGAGUGGAGUUUGUCCCCGCUUGUCUUCUGAACAAAACAAAACCAAAGCACAAGUCUGGCAGCGAAAAGCCGGCAGGCAGAAAGGAUAACAAGUGGGAGCCGCCAGAUAGUAAUUCGGAGGACAGCGACUCUGCAGACAGCAUGAGUGACUUGUAUCCAGCCCAGAUGUUUACCCAGAAAAACCCAGAGAAGGAACAAGAUGACAGUUUUCAGUCAGAUAGUGAUGAGGAGAUGGAAGUUGAGCCCCCACAGAAUCAGAAUAAAAGGCAACAGAGACAGAAUGGUCCAGCCAAGAAGAAAUUUAAAAAGAACCAUCAUAAAUCCAAACAUUUCAGAAAGUCGGCUGCUAAAUAAAUGUGUUCUUUUUC